GCCCGUGACGCGUGGGGCCAGAAGAAGCCGGAAAUAUAAUGGCAUGAAUUCAUUCCAGCAUACAAACGAGAUGGUGCCAUGUCUGCGGCACUCAGAGCUACAACAUGGGAAAUAUCCGAAUCCGAGGACGAAUGUCACAGUGAAAGCAAGACGGAAUCAGUGACCUUCAUAGUAGAAAGCGUUGACACCCAAUGCAGCGACGACACAACAUCAACAACCUUGGCAUCCACAGAUGAACCAAGUCAAGAUCAUAAUCUGUCUCCUCCGCGGGUACCCAGGUCUAAGACCCCCUGUCCUCCGCUGGGACCAGGGUCGUUGAGCCCCUGUCCCGACCGAAAGCGACGCUCCCGAGAUCACACUGAAGCAGAGCAGCUUAAAGCAAAGCAGAAGAGAGAUGCUAGAGAUGAUCAGAGAGCAGCGAGAGCCAUAGAGAAGGAGGAGAGGAAACGGGAGCAGCAGGGAAGGAAGAAACUGGCAGAGCACAUGAGAAGUUUGAGGCCAGAGAACUGUCUCAAAAGCCUGACUAUAUGCAUAGAUCCAGCGGUUUUACAGCACAAUGGCUCAGACGUCUUGUUGGACCGCCUCUCCACCUCAGGCUGGAGGUUUGUGAUCGACCGCCAAUCCCUUCCCCAGACUAUCUGCUGGACCCGGGAGCUGGCCCAGCCCGGAGAGGACGGUUGUGGUUCGGUGGAAGAGGAUCAAGUGAGCUGGGUUCUGGAUUUGGCCGACUUCAUUGACGUGGUGAUCAGUGUCAAAGAGGUUCUCCGGAGCGAGGAAGGUCCCUCCGGGCGGUCUCUCCUCGCUGGGAUGCUGGAGUUUCUGAAUGGAAACGCCAACAAAGUGGUCACCCUGUUGGUUAUUGGAUCACAGAUGAACAGUGCUUCAGCCUGGAGCGCCCCCAGCCUUCAGGCCCAGAUCGGCAUGGAGGAUCUGGACAUGGAGGAGGUGAUGGUGUACCUCCAGCUCUACAGGAACGUCUCCCUCUCCUUCUUCCGCGACUGGCAGGCCGUCACAGACCACCUGGUGGGCGUCACGAAAGCCUUGUCCAAACGGCCUUCCAGGCAGCUGGCUGAGCGAGGCGGCCUCCCGUUCUGCGCGGACGGGCCGUGGGCCAGCGGGGUGCAGGUGAAGAGGGAGGGCGCCGGGCUGCGCCAGGUGUGGAACCGGCAGGUGCAGCAGCUCAAUCGGGUCAGCGUGGCCGUAGCGACAGCUGUGACGGCUUCCUACCCCUCCCCCCAUCUCCUGCUGCAGGCCUAUGGGAGUUUGAAGGGUUUGAGGUGUGAUAUAUCCUGCUCUUAUCAAGGCCUAUGGGAGUUUGAAGGGUUUGAGGUGUGAUAUAUCCUGCUCUUAUCAAGGCCUAUGGGAGUUUGAAGGGUUUGAGGUGUGAUAUAUCCUGCUCUUAUCGAGGCCUAUGGGAGUUUGGAAUCAGAGGAGCAGCGGAGGAAGCUACUGGCCCCACUCUCUGUGACUUCCGAGGGAAGAGAAAGAAGAGUUGGACCCGAUAUCUCAUCCAGAAUCUACCGCUGUCUCUCGGAGCCAAACCCGGAGAUGGGUCUGGACUAGGCGGAUUCCUUCUGGCCUGAAUGAGCGCUUUGAAAUCCUUGUCAACAAAAACUUCCGGACAUUUGUUUGCAAAUGUUUACAAGCUACCUAAGGUCUACAAGAUGGCGGCUACCAAAGCAAGCUAACAUUUACAAUCUAGCUAAUGUUUAAGGGCUAGCUUAUGUCUAUAAGAUAUGUUAUAUUUCGAACUAGCUAAUAUUUUGAAUAUAUCUAACCUCUUAUCUACCUAAGGGCCAAUGUUUCAAAGCUAGCCAAUGUCUAAUCUACACGAUUUCUAAUGUUUGGAAGCUAGCUAAUGAUUUAGCUAAUGUUAUGGUUCUUGAUGUUGCCUACUGAGCUAUCAUGCUGAAUAACAUCAACCUGAAAGCACUUUAUUACACCUUCAGAGUGACGUGAUGAGUUUAUAUUGUGUACAUGUAUUAUGUACAUAGUUUAUAAUAAAAAAAAAAAUUACUGUUC